AUGAUCAAAAUUGGUCCACCACACUUCACUACUGAUGGGAAGGCUUGGGAUGAUGGGGGUAGGGAUAAAAUUGUCCAGAUUUUCAUUGAACAUGAUCAACACUCAAUUAUUUCUCUCCAAUUCCUAUAUGCCGAAAAUGGAAAUUUGGUUUCGUCAGAUAAAGAUGGUGGUGAUCGUAUUAAUACUCCUAAGUUUGAUGUGGUAAAUGUACAAGUACUAAUAUUUGGAAUUCUCCCUCUUAAAGGAGACAGACCCCUUGACCAACUAGCCAACCUCGUUACGCUUAAUUGUCCAUCGGAGUAUAUUACCGGUAUAAGUGGUUGCCACGGCCGGAUCUAUGUCUCGUAUUGGCAGGAUCUAAUUUUGUCAAUAACAUUUAUCACCAACAACAGAACAUAUGGGCCCUUCGGAGGCCGUGGAAACGACUCCGUUUUCCAAUAUCAACUGGGACCAGACCGUUCAUUUGGUGGAUUUCAUGCAGUGACGGACCCAGGAAUUUGA